UGUACUUGGUAAAUUGAUUGACGUCUGGGGAGUCGAUUGAAAAUUAGAUUUUACUUUUUAAAUCUAAUUGAACAAUGACAAGGACAUGCAGAAUCUGCGGUGGCGCAGAUGGACGCUAUUGGAUUGAGACGCCUGUCGAUAAAUACGCAGAGAAAACAUUCAACCAACUGCUGUUAGAACUAACCAGACUUGAGGUCGCUUUGGAUCAGGCCGACAGGUUUCCGCCCUGGCUUUGUCGCAGCUGUGCUCAAAGGUUGGAAAAUGCAUAUGAUUUUGUCAUGCAAGCGCGUAAAACUCAUGAGCUUUGGAUUCAGAAAAUGGGAACAGAAGCAGCUCUGGAUGAUGCUGAAAAGGGCACUUUAGAAUGCCUGCGAGAGACACCAAUACAAUUGCUGGAGAUUGAGGGAGUGACAAUUAAAAUGGAAGAGCCAUCCGAGCCAGCCAUGCCCCCAGCCGACCCAGCAAUUUCUGUUGAUCCUUUAAUUAAGAAGCAUAUGGAUGAUGCUAGCGAUGACGAUGACGAUGUGCCGCUGAAACAACGCAAAGCACAACACGCCAAAUUGUCAAUGCUUCACCAAUGCAAUAGAUGCGACAAAGCCUUUAAGUAUGUUACAAAUCUCUUCAGGCACAAGCAGCGAGAUCACAGUCCUGUUCCAUGCAAGCCAAAGAUCAAAUCAGGAGUGGCAAAUGCGGGUGCUGAGCGCUCAGUGCCGUUUCUGCACAACCUUAUAAAGAGUUCGACGGUGGACCGAAGCAGCGCCAACUCCGACAUGGACAAUGAAGCUGACAACUACUAUAAAUGUGAUCAAUGCGACAAAUCCUACAAGUACAUAAUGCUUCUGAUUAAGCAUAAGCACAAGGCUCACGGGGCCAACCAGUUGCCAGCAGAGCCAAGGCCAAUUCGAGGGAGCGAAUCGAGUUCAGAGCAAACAUCUAAUGUGAGAACAACUCAGCGUCAGCGCUUAAAAGUCCCCAGCACAGAUUCUUUGGUGCAUAGUUUAAUCAAAGAGAUAAAAACACCUGAGGAGGAUGACCCAGAUAACACAGGUGCCGACAACUAUUACAAGUGCGAUCAAUGUGACAAGUCCUACAAAUAUAUUGUGAGUCUCAUUAAGCACAAACAUAAGGAGCACAAUGAGUACAAGGAUUCCGAUGAGGAUGAGGACGAAGCAUCUUCAUCGACAUAUGCUACAGCGACAGCUUCAAUGUCAAAGCCUUCCCGCAUCGAUCGAAGGGUCAAGGGCUUCGAUUUGCAUCGCUGCAAGCCAAAUGGUUCCAAAGAGAUUCAAUGCAUGAUCUGCCUGCGAAGAUUUGUUAAACUGAGAGAGCUGCGUGAUCAUCUCAGAGCACAUCCCAGAGAUUUUACAUUCGACUCCCACGCUGAGCCCAUUGAACGAAUUGCUGAAGGCUUUUACCGGACCGCUGUGGAAUCAACGGCUGUCGGUUUGAAAAUGCGCAUUUUAAAUGAUCUCAAGAUUGGCAUGUAUGGCCGCUAUUAUUCCAUAACCAAUGAGGCGCGUUACGAGAUGAAUCUGGACAGCUCGGACACGGAUAGUGAUGGCGAGGCAGGUGUUGUUGAGCGUCGUAGUUAUGCCUGCGAAUUAUGUGACUCGCCCUCCGCCAUUUGGUCACGUAAAUUUCAGCUGCAUGAGCAUCAUCGUCAGCAACAUACUUGGCUGGAGGCGCCCUACGUCUGUCAGCGUUGUGAUUCCCGUUUUCUGAGCGCCCAGCUGCUCGACCAUCAUACUCAGAAGCUCUGCCAGAAUACCCUAAAGCGUUUCAUGUGCGACAAGUGUCCGCAACGGUUCUUUUGGCGUCGUAAUCUUCGUGCACAUCUCGUGGAGCAUAAAAACAAGCAAGAAAAUUACCCAUGCGAUCAGUGUUCUCGCAGUUUUCAGGAUAAAAGUGCCGUGACGAAACACAAACUCAUGCACCACGAUGUCGGCAAUGAGCUGAUACCUUGUCGCUGGUGCACACGGACCUUCUAUCGCCCAGCCCUGCUUCAUAAGCAUGUAAAGCGUCAUGGCUUCAGUGGAGAGGAUCUGCCCUUGGCUGAGACACUGCUGGCGGAUGCCGCCAAAUCAUCCGGACCAAAGACGAUUAUUUGCAAGCUAUGCGAUAUGCAUUUCGUUAGUGUUGCCGAUUUGCGAAGACAUAUUUCAAUGCAGGCACAUAGCGAUGAGUUUCGCAAUUAUAUGAUAAGCACAGAGGAUGGAUUCGAACUGCAGCUAGACGAGACGGACGAUAGCGAUGAUGAGACCACUGGAUCUGCUGGCAGGUCCUACAGGUGUGAUCUAUGCGAAAUGGCCUUUCAGCGUCGUAGGGACAUGAGCGAACAUCAGUAUUCCUUGCACACAUUCGAUAAACUACCAUAUUCCUGUGAGCAUUGCAUCUACAAGACAGUUGAUAAGAACAUGCUGGAGCAUCAUUUGCGCACACAGUGCCUAAACCAGGAGAAGAAAUUCAAGUGUUUGCGUUGUGGUUACAAAUUUAUGUGGAAUGAAAAUCUGGAACAGCAUAUGGCCAGCCAGCAUUCCAAAUCAUCUAACCAGACACCCGUAGCGACCAAGCGAAGUCGACGUUUUAGAUAUCAGUGUCCGCAUUGCUGGCGUUCCUUUGUGGUGCAACCCAGUCUGGACAAGCACAUACGCGACAUGCAUGUGGCCAAAAAGAAUCCCGGCAAGAAAUAUCUCUGCUCAUUAUGCGGCCUGGAAUCGCUCACACCCAACAAGCUCAACAUCCACAUGCGUCGUCACAACGGCGAGAAACCAUUUAAAUGCGAUCUUUGUGACAUGUCCUUCACAGUUUACUAUGAACUAAAGGUUCAUCGUCGAAAACAUACAGGCGAACGACCCUAUCAAUGUACUUUCUGUGCAAAGGAUUUCGCACGUCCGGAUAAGCUUAGACGGCACGUUUACAUGCACAGCGUUAAACGUUAAAUUAAGACAAACUCGUAGAAAAAUGUAUCUAAUAUAGAAAAACCAUUGUAUGCAAAAAUUUACUAACUUGGUUCAAUGUUCAAGUGUUUUCCGUGCUGUCUAGGCUAGAGUUGGGUUAGUUGCGAGAUAAGCAUAGUUCGUAGAUCUUCUCAGACAUUACAAUUAUCUGAUCAUUAAACAUUGCAAACCAGUUUACCAAUUUGUUAGCUCAACUCACAACUAAAACUUGGAAUAAAGUUUCUUUAAUUUGAUCAGCAAA